AUGGAACCCUUCUCCUUUGGAAGCUCAGAGUCGUUGGACUACCCAGUCAGGCUUCGCAUCAUUAAUCUAGAGGGCGACGAGGCACCCUAUCUUUUCUCGACUCUCCUGAAGACCCCCGAGCUGAGGCACAUCGGGUCUAAUGCAAGCCCGCACUCCGACCUCUAUGUCACCGUCCAAGUAUGGGCUGGCUCCAAGCCGCUCACAGUCCCGGUCCAGACUUCGUACAAGGCUUUUCGAAACGAGCGAAGAUGGAGCGAGUGGCUCACCGUACCGAUACCCUACAAGAGCCUCCCCCUGAACUCAUACCUUGCAAUUACGAUAUGGGACCUUUCGCCAACUGCUGGGGAGCAAGCUCAGGGGCAUGCCAUUCCCUUCGGUGGUACGACCCUGCCACUAUUCGACAGGGACAAUCAGUUGCAGAAAGGCAGACAGAAGUGCCUUGUCCACAGGCACAAACAGGCUGACGGCAACGACAACACAACCACACCUUCUACUAUCGCUAAGAACAGAACUGGCUCAAGAAAGGGCGAGGUUUUUGUCGUUGACAAAGAAGCUGAAGAGCUUGAACGCAUGGAGAAGCUUUUCAAGAAACACGAGAUGAAUGAGAUACCCAGAGUUGAAUGGCUCGACCAGUUAGUAUAUCGUGGUACAGAGAAACGCGGGUUGAAAGCGGCAAGGAAUUCGAUCAAAUCACUCCAACGCCAGUCGGUGGCGAAUAAGGAGGCGGAGGAGGUCAAGAAGCAUAAUGUUGCCGAGUCGAAUGGUGGUGAGGUUCCCAGGCCUGGACCCUCGAAGUUUACACUCAAUAUUGAGCUGCCCCGGUUUGAUUUCCCGGUGGUAUUUGCAGACCAUGAGUAUCCGCCACCACCCAUUUCAUCCUUCCAGCAUCUGUCAGCAUCUCAAUCGAACAUCAUCCUCAAACCUCCCCCGGAGGUUUCCUACGGGCCCGGGAUCAAUGCGCCUGAAGAAAGCGACCGCCUCAUUCGCAUAUAUGACCCUGAAGUUGGGGCGAGAGAUAACCCAGCUGAGAGUAAGCACCGGCGCCUUGUCAGAAGUCAGCAUCGCCAUGGAAUACUGGACAAAGACUUGAGGCCGAACGCCAAGGUUCGCGAUGAGCUUAACCUGAUCAUGUCGUAUUCGCCGACCCAUGUCCUUUCACCCGAGGAAAAGGACCUGGUGUGGAAGUUCAGGUACCAUUUGACCAAAGACAAGCGUGCUCUGACCAAGUUCGUCAAGUCUGUGAACUGGCAGGAUCAGAGCGAAUCGAAACAGGCUAUUCAAGUCCUUGGCAAAUGGACUGACAUCGACGUAGACGAUGCUCUGGAACUCCUGGGUCCUGUAUUUGAUCAUCGGGCUGUCAGAGCCUAUGCCGUCGACCGAUUACGAAAGGCGGACGACGACGAGUUACUCCUUUACCUACUACAGCUAGUUCAAGCCCUGAAGUUCGAACAUAUCUCAGCCGAUUCGAACGAAGCCACGGUACGGGCUUCCUCACUAGCUGAUUUCUUGAUUUCACGGGCUGUGGAGAACUUCACCCUUGGGAAUUACUUUUACUGGUACCUCGGCGUCGAAUACGACGACAAAAGCAACGACCAGGGCGAAGAAGUGCGUACAAUGUACGCGAAGGUACAAUACGAUUUCAUGAAGGAGCUAGAGAGCCGCCCCGGUGGCCGAGAGACGAGAAUCACGAUCAGAAGACAAGCCGAACUUAUCACGGUUUUGUCAAAGAUCUCGGCUGAGAUUCAAGCUUCACGCGAUUCGAUCGCACGAAAGCUCGAAACAGUAAAGUCCUUCUUGGCUGACCCGAAGAAUGAGAUAUUGAGUAUUGAUCCCCCAAUGCCCAUGCCACUGGACCCGUCCAUCAUGGUCGUUGGGGUUGUUCCGGAGGAGACAAGAGUCUUCAAAUCUUCCCUUUCGCCGAUAAUGGUGACGUUCAAGACCAUUUCCGGGAACAAGUAUCCCAUCCUCUUCAAAACCGGUGACGACCUGCGACAAGACCAGCUUGUUAUUCAAAUCAUUACUCUCAUGGAUCAAUUGCUGCAGAAAGAAAACUUGGAUCUCAAGCUGUCACCUUACAAAAUCCUCGCAACAAGUACGACGGCUGGCGCUUCCCAAUUUGUACCGUCGCAGACCUUCUCUGCAAUCGCGUCCAAGUAUAACAGCAAUCCAGCGCUCGCCUAUCUACGGCAGCACAACCCGGACGAGCGAGCGUAUCUAGGCGUCCGCAAGGAGACUCUCGACACGUUUGCCAAAUCAUGUGCGGGCUACUGCGUAAUUACUUAUAUCUUGGGCGUUGGGGAUCGCCAUCUCGAGAACCUGCUCCUAGCCCCAGAUGGUCAUUUCUUCCAUGCGGAUUUCGGGUUCAUCCUCGGUCGGGAUCCCAAACCAUUUGCACCAGCGGUCAAGCUCAGCAAGGAGAUGGCCGACGCCAUGGGCGGCUCGAACCCGCCGAGUGAGCAUUACUUGCAGUUCAAACAAUACUGCUUCCUCGCAUUUGCAGCAUUGCGGAAAUCAUCGAACCUGAUUCUGAACCUGUUCAGUCUCAUGGUUCAUGCCAAUAUACCCGAUAUCAAGGCCGAGCCUGACAAGGCGGUCUUCAAAGUGAAGGAACGCUUUCAUCUGGAGUUGAACGAAGAAGACGCGAUACGGCAUCUGGACAGAAUCAUGGAGGACAGUCUCAAUGGCAUCAUGCCUGUCGUAAUAGACAGGCUGCAUGACUUUGUCCAGGCGUUCCGGUGA